AUGUCAAAAGACGAUGCAGAGUCCCAAAUUCAACAGAGUGUGUUUCGCACGAUUAGCGACCGAUUCCAAGGUGUGCGAGAUCGAUUCUACGCAUGGCGUCAUUUAUCCUGGGUAAUUCUCUUUGUUUCUGCUCUGAAUGUGAUCUGUAUCGGAGGCAAACGCCGUGCCUUCGGAAUCUUUGUGGCCGCACUACACACCGCCUACAACGAGACCAGUAUGAGUGAACUGAAUUGGAUCGGGGACAGCUAUGCUUCACUGGGGUUCUUUCUCAUGCCUUUCGCCACCACCAUCAUUGUGCAAUCCAAUAGACCCUAUCGGUUCACCAUGUUUCUGGCUGGUGUGACGAUUUUUGUCAGUUGUAUGACUUCAGCCACAGUGCCAGAUCCGGGAUAUUUGUUCCUUACGCAUACCCUUCUACACGGAAUCGGUUCUACUUUGGUGUUAUGCGGUACCAGUUUAGUCACUGGAGAUUAUUUUGAUAAAACACAUCGAUUUCACGUGCUUGCGACAGCAUUUGUUUCCGGGGGGCCAUACGGUGUGCUAGUUUUUGGCCCAUUGUUUUCGCAUUGGAUCCAGCAUUACAGUUGGCAACAAGCUUUUAUUUAUAGCGGUAUCUUAUUUCUUUUUGUCACGUGGCUUGGUGCGAUUACAUUUUUACCCAGACAUAUGGUGGACUACCAGCAGGCGGUCACCGAAAAUCAGAAUAAGACAGGGGAACAGAAUUCGCAAGCCCCAUUACUGUUACGUAAUGCACCCAGAGCUAGUGAUGGUCGCGGGUGGGCCUUCUGUUCAAUGGCACAUUUACGUGCCAAUCCGCAAGUUUUCCUCUGGGGAUUUGAACGAUUUUUGCACAAUAUUGUGAUAUACGGAUUGCUUAUGAAUCUGACCGCUUACGUCAGUCAGGCUUUGGAUAACGAACUCAUCCGCGGAGCCAAAGUGAAUUUGUAUUUUGGUAUAGGUGAGUCCUUGAUAUUUACCAUCGGCGCAUUGAUCGGUGAUCGUAUCCGAGGCUAUUUACCAUUGACGUAUCUAAUUGGUGCGGCGUUUGCAGCACUGUUUCUUCUGAUCGUGCAAAAAAGUUACACCGACAUAAAUGUGGUCUACGUUCUGGCCGGUUUCACCGGCGGUGCUGUCGGUGUAGGUAACACUUUUCUGUAUGCGACUGCAGAGGAAGUAAUGCUUGUGCACGGUUCCAUCGCUUUUCCCAUGACCAAAAUGAUUGCUGGUAUCGGUAUGCUGGUCGCACCUGCUCUAUCUGGUUCGAUUAUCGACGGAUACGGGUAUCGGGGAUUUUUUAUCAGCAUGGCUGUUCUGGUCUGUCUCCGUGUGGCUUUGCUCACUCUGAUCUGCAUCAUUUUGCACAGGAAAAAACAGAAAUUUAUGCUAGAAGAAAUGCAACGUAAAAUGGAAGACCCAAAUCUGGUGCAUUGCUGUGAACUUACUUCGUCCGAGUGUGGACUGAAAAAAAUUCAAUCCCGAAAUGCUUCCCCCAACCGACUUGUUGACUCUCAAACAAAUGACGCCGCAAACGCGCCCACAACAGAUGCGCUUUCCAAUACAGAGAAACGACUCGAAAUGUCUGCCGCUUGGUACAAAGAAUCCCAGCAAGCUGUCCCGUGA